AUGGAGAAGAUAUUACGCUCGUUGGACCCCAAAUUUGAGCACAUUGUCGUGACGAUUGAAGAAACUAAAAACUUGGAAGAAAUUAGUAUAGAGCAAUUAAUGGGGUCGCUACAAGCAUGUGAAGAGAAACAUAAGAAGAGGCAAGGGAAUGAUGAGCAGCUCCUCAAGAAUCAUGUUCAGCCAAAGAAGAAAAAAGGAAGCUUCGACAACGAGAAAAGCCAAUACGAAAGAAGUCGUGGCCGAGGUCGUAGACAUGGGCGUAGAUAUGGACGUAGACGUGGUUGGAACUUCAACGACCGUAGCAACUACGAAAGAGGAGAAAGCUCAACAAAAGGUCAUAGAAAAGGAUGCUCAAACUUGAGCUAUGAAAAAUCUCAAGUUCAAUGCUACAAUUGUCAAAGAUUUGGGCAUUAUGCUUGGGAAUGUAGAGCUUCAAGCAACAGACCUGAUGAAAAGGUCAAUUAUGUGAAAGAAGAGAAAGAAGAUAAUGGCAUUGUGCUACUAGCGUGCAAGAACAAUGAUGGAGACCAAGACUAUACAUGGUACAUUGACAUCAGCGCCAGCAACCACAUUUGUGUAAGAAAAAUCAUGUUCGUAGAGCUUAAUGAAUCGGGGAUUGGAGUUAUUGUCCAAGAAAGAGAUGGUGAGAGGCUUACCUUGCAUCAGUCAAUCAAGCUUGUGAAAGAUGUUUACUUGGGAAACAGUUCAGGAAAAGCUUUCCAAAUGAGUCGACCAUAA